AUGUAUGGCCUCACCUUUUUCGCCUUUCCAUUUUUCCUUAAAAGUUUCGCGCAACAGAGGCCCCUCGUGUCUGGCAGCGGUGCUGGCGGGCGCUUCGGCCAACACAGCCGUUUCGGAGUGACCGCCCGCUCCCCAUCACUCCUCACCUCCUCCUUAUCAUCACACAUCCUGCCCCGAACACCCCCAGACUACCCCGAGAUAUCUUACGUGCAUUCCUCUAGCAUUGUCUACCCGGAUAAAACUAACACAUCGUAA